AUGGCAAUUUGUGAACCGCAACAACAACGUGGUCUUGUCACGAAUCACGACGAUAACAAAAACAAACGAAAUAAGGUUGUUGUUGUUGUUUGUAAAACCAAAGUCAACGGAUCGACGGAAGGUGGUCUGUGUAACGUCAACAGAGGUGGAUGCGAACAUAUUUGCACGGAAGUUCGAAGAAAAGUCGUUUGUUCCUGUUAUCAGGGUUUCAGACUUGAAGGAAAUAAAUGCGUGGAUAUCGACGAAUGUGAGGUGAACAAUGGAGGAUGCGAACACACGUGCACCAAUCAACCGGGAUCGUUCACGUGUCACUGUCCGACCGGACUUCAACUGUCAUCCAAUGGUAAAACAUGCGUCGGAAAUUCCAGAGUUUGGUGUCCGCCGGCCAACGCACGACUUAUUACGUAA